AUGAUUGGAAAUUUGAUGUUAAUGGUCAAGGAAUUAAAGUUACCGACGAUUCAUUUGAGUUCUUUGAAUUCUUGUUCAGAUUUGCAUUCAACUAUUAAUGAACAAUCACUUCAUGAUCAGUCAUCUUCAAAUAUGAAUAUUGAUCAUUCAAAUAACAGUAAUUCUUGUUCAGAUUUGCAUUCAAUUAUUAAUGAACAAUCACUUCAUGAUCAAUCAUCUUCAAGUAUGAAUAUUGAUCAUUCAAAUAGCAGAUUGUUGUUUGAUUCAUUGGACAUUGGUCUUGACUUUUACAAGACUUAUGGUCAAGAAUGUGGUUUUGAUGUGAAUAUGUCAAGUCAAAAAAGAUACAAUGAUGGCACAAUUCGUAUUAGAUAUUCGACAUGUAGUAGAUCUGGUUUCACGGAGUCAUUCAAGAAUGAAAAUAUUAAUGUGAAAUUUCAGAUGUUAAGAGAAGGAGAACUUCUUCUAAGAAGAACGGAUGCCCUGCUGUUUCAAAGUUCAAGAAUCUCCGAUGUUCUUUAA